AUGGCGUCCGUGUUCCCCCUCGACCUAGUCUACAGCUCGUUUACUGUUAUCUUCCUGGUGGGGAGUAUCGUCUGCGGGUGGGCCCCAACCAGCAGCGCCUUCAUCGCUGGUCGCGCCAUCGCGGGCAUCGGCGCUGCGGGCGUCGCCAGCAACGGCCUCACCAUUCUCGUCACGAUUGCGCCCGUCGCCCGGAAGCCCAUGUUCAUGGGUCUUGGUGCUGCGUGUUUUGUAGUGGGGCUCAUUGCUGGGCCUCUGCUCGGCGGAGCAUUCACAGAUCGCUUGACUUGGCGAUGGUGCUUCUGGAUCAACAUACCCGUAAACGUGGUCACCCUGGCCGUCGUGUCGCUCUUCUUCCGCCCACAACAGGGGCGUGGCGGUGCCGUCUCGGGCCGCAUCAAGAGCCUCGAUUUGAUCGGCUGCCUGAUCUUCGUCCCGGGCAUUUUCAUGUUCCUCCUCGCCAUGCAGACGGGCAGCGCAGACGGCAUAUGGAACACCGCCACCAUCAUCGGCCUCUUCGUCGGGUCGGGCUUGACGCUGCUGGUUUUUGUGGCGUGGGAAUGGCGCCGGGGCGACCAGGCCAUGAUCCCCGGUAAAGUGGUCAUGAGAAGAACGGUUCUCUUCACCUGCCUUUUUGCGUUUACGCAGAUGGGGGGGCUUAUCGUCGCGGCGUAUUAUUUGCCUACCUGGUUCCAGGCCAUUCAGGGGGUAGGUCCUUUGCAGAGCGGGGUGAGGAUCCUGCCCACGGUGAUUACGCAAAUGCUGGCCACCAUGUUUGCAAGUGGUUUAGCUUUGAGAAUCAGGUACUACAACCCCUGGUUCUUCAUGGCGCCUAUCUUCAUGUGCACUUCCAGUGUGCUGUACACCACCUUCAAGGCCUUCUCGACCCCAGCAAGCCACUGGAUAGGAUAUCAGAUCAUCCAAGGUUUCGGCACCGGCUUCGGCAUGCAGAUGAGUUCCCUCGCUGUGCAGCUCGAGCUGAAGGACAGUCCUGAGCUCAUCCCAAUCGGUAUUGCGCUUGUCAUGUUUGUGCAGUACCUUGGCGCUACAGUGAUCCAGGUUAUCGCCGGCACUGUGUUCAAUAGUGAGAUACGCUCACAACUCCAAAGCAUAGACCUUACGCCCAGCCAGAAGAGUGCGCUACUCGGAGCGGGGAUUAAGGGAAUCAGAGAGGUUGUAAAGCAGUACUUCCCGCAAUUGCUGGAUCCAAUAUUGAAGGCUUACAAUACUGCUAUUACCAGGGUAUUUUUCGUCCCUGUCGGUGCUGCUGUAGGGGGCUUCAUCGCCGCGUUCGGCAUCAAGUGGAAUGUGAUAGAGGGCGCUCCGGGCGGAAGAUUCGCAAAGCGCCGGGCUGCGAAGGCUGCGAAGGCCGCAGCAAAAGAGGGACAAAAAGAUGAGACGAAGACAUGA